UGACAGUCAAGUUACUAUGAGUCUACUACACUGUGAGAACAACUGUGGGUCCAGCCAGUCUGACAGUGGCUGCUGUGCUGCCAUGGCCAGCUCCUGUGGUGCUGCAGUGAAGGAGGACAGUGUGAGUGGGACUGCCAGCUCGGGGACCCUCUCCCGCUCCUUCCUGGAAGAGAGCCAGGGCUAUGACGUGGAGUUCGACCCGCCCCUGGAGAGCAAGUAUGAGUGCCCGAUCUGCUUGAUGGCGCUACGGGAAGCAGUGCAGACACCGUGCGGCCACAGGUUCUGCAAAGCCUGCAUCAUCAAAUCGAUAAGGGAUGCAGGUCACAAAUGUCCAGUGGACAAUGAAAUACUGCUGGAAAAACAACUAUUUCCUGACAAUUUUGCCAAACGAGAGAUUCUUUCUCUGAUGGUGAGGUGUCCAAAUGAAGGCUGUCUGCACAGGAUGGAGCUGAGGCAUCUCGAGGAUCAUCAAGCACAUUGUGAAUUUGCUCUUACGGAUUGUCCUCAGUGCCAGCGUCCCUUCCAGAAGUGCCAAAUCAAUAUUCACAUUCUCAAGGAUUGUCCAAGGAGACAGGUUUCUUGUGUAAACUGUGCUGUACUGAUGGCAUUUGAAGAUAAAGAGAUCCAUGACCAGCACUGUCCUUUGGCAAAUGUCAUCUGUGAAUACUGCAAUACCAUGCUCAUCAGAGAACAGAUGCCGAAUCAUUAUGAUCUAGACUGCCCUACAGCCCCAAUUCCAUGCACAUUCAGUACUUUUGGUUGUCAUGAAAAGAUGCAGAGGAAUCACUUGGCACGCCACCUCCAGGAGAACACCCAGUCACACAUGAGAAUGUUGGCCCAGGCUGUUCACACUUUAAGCCUCACUUUGACUCCCCUUCCUCAGCGGGAUGUGUCUCCGUAUGAUUCUCCUCCUCCAUCCUGCAUUUCCUCUGGGUGUCACCCAGAGGUCCAGAAUUUCCAGGAAACCAUUCACCAGUUAGAGGGCCGCCUUGUGAGACAAGACCACCAAAUCCGAGAACUGACUGCUAAAAUGGAAACCCAGAGCAUGUAUGUGAAUGAGCUCAAGCGAACUAUUCGGACCCUUGAGGACAAAGUUGCUGAAGUGGAAGCACAGCAGUGCAACGGGAUUUACAUCUGGAAGAUCAGCAACUUUGGGAUGCACUUGAAAUCUCAAGAGGAAGAGAAGCCCGUUGUCAUUCACAGCCCCGGCUUCUACACAGGCAGGCCCGGGUACAAGCUGUGCAUGCGCUUACACCUUCAGUCGCCAGCCGCUCAGCGCUGUGCAAACUACAUCUCCCUCUUUGUGCACACGAUGCAGGGCGAGUAUGACAGCCACCUUCCUUGGCCCUUCCAGGGCACAAUACGCCUCACGAUUCUUGAUCAGUCUGACACACCAGUAAGGCAAAACCAUGAAGAGAUCAUGGACGCCAAACCAGAGCUCCUUGCCUUCCAGCGACCCACAAUCCCUCGCAACCCUAAAGGUUUUGGUUAUGUAACUUUUAUGCAUCUGGAUGCCCUGAGACAAAGAACCUUCGUGAAGGAUGACACAUUACUCGUGCGCUGUGAGGUCUCCGCCCGCCUUGACAUGGGCAGCCUUCGGAGGGAGGGCUUUCAGCCACGAAGUACUGAUGCAGGAGUGUAGCACACCGUCUUCAUUCAGAAACAACAGUCUGGAGAAGGCAGUGCCUUUUCUUGCCCUAUUCUCAGUUAUAACACACAAAAAAUAAAAAGCAGUGGAAAAGAUGUAAUACCCACCAUUGAAUGUUCGAGAGAUACAGAUAGAUUGGAGGCAGUUUUUUCUUGGGAAUCCACACGCUCCAUGCUUCUUCAAAAAUGUUACACCUGAAAUGCCUGUGGCACGUUGCAGCAGCUAUUUUGUUCAUUUGUAUACCUCUUUGUUAUACUUCCAGGGGCUUUUGCUCCAGUAUUUUAUUGUCAGAAAGCCCAGAGUCAGUGUACUGAAGCUCAAACUUUUAAUAAUAAUGGACUUUACUUAAAAUUUCAGCUUAUUUUUAUAGUAUUAUAUGUAAUAUAUUAAAUGUGAGAGUCACUACUGCCUUGUGCUGGUGUCAGCAAGAAAAGUCACUGCUCUCGAGAGUUGAGUUCUCAUUUGUUUGACCUCAUAGAUUCUAGAGGAUCCGAACCAUAAUCCUUGGAAAAUUUAAGUUCUCAUUCGCCCCAUUUUUUUCCUCCAGGUUGUUACUAAGUCUAUCCAAGGACUAGUUUAUACCCUAGAUUUAUCCUUUUUUAGUAUAAGCAUGUCGUCUGUUGAAUAAUACUUGUCUACAUGUUUCAUCUUGCCUUGCCUACCUGUUUUCCUUAAGGCCAUGAAGUAGCAUCUUCUCAGAGUUUAGAAUGCUAAGAACCAUGGGGAUACCAACUGCUCAGGGUUACACUGUGCAACCCUUAUUGUCUGUUCAGUGCAGAGUGAGUUUUACAGCUCUGCGUGUGUCUUCAGUUCAACACUUACAGGACAAGGAAGUAUGCACAUUUAGUCACGAACAUAAAGAUUAAAAGUGACUCAACUACUCAGCCAGUGUGGCAUUUUAUUGGUAACAGAAGCUGUGUAAACCAGAAAUGUUCAGCUCUUUUGAAUACUCCCUGAUUGAGCUCACCCAAAUGAUUCAUUUCCUAAAAACAAGUCCUUAAAACUUGGGAGAUCAUUGGAAGUUCUUGAAAGGUAGUCACACUAAGUUUGGAAGUCUUAGUGAUCGUGUCACAACUUAGCUUGAGUAUGUCCAGCAAUUCACUGCAGGUCUCAGGGGCCUAUGGAAUGUGUUGAAGUGGCCUGGUGUUCCUGAUAAGGAGAGGUGAUAUUUUUGCUGUCAUAUAUUUGUGAAAGGCCUGUAAAUAGAAAGUAUGGUAGAAUCUAGUUCUCAGAGAGUCCACAACUUAGACCUUAUGGGGGAUCUAAGAACCCAUCCACUGUGCCGUUUGCACAAGAGGACUUAGAUGAGAGCUGGUAUUGGACCUCCAGAGAGGCCAGAUCACAGUCCCAGCCAGGGUUUGACAUCAGCCUUUGUUGCAAGAGGAAGCCAAGAGACCAGGUCUGUGAGUCUGGCGUUGGUUCCAGGCUGCCCCAGCGAGCUUCCCUUGGAACUUUCCCUUUGCUUUUCUUUCGGCCCUUUCUCCCACCCCACCCUGUAAGGCUCCAGCUCUAGUGAGUUUGUUGUGGAGUAAAUAUAAAAGUCCUCGAGACCUUACACCCUCUGCCACCGUGAGCACCACGGACUUGUGCCUCCUUGUGGUCUAUUUCCUGGUCGUUUAUUCCCCCAGCUGUACUUUCCAGCCGGUUUCUGAGCCCCAAAGUGGACUAUCGUCCACAGGCAGGGAGAAAUGCACAGCUGCUGUGCCUUGGUGGUUUUCUUCUUUAUAUUUUGAUGAUUUCUUUAUUGAACACAUGCUUUAUGUGAUUGUUUUUAAUGAAUAAAUAAUUGUCAAUCUCCACUUAAAAAGUAAAUAUUUUUGUAUUUACAUGGAAAAAGUCUGAGGGAAAUAUACUAAACUAUUUUUAAUGUCUUA